UGAGCUCUCGCCAUAACCCACAAUGUUGUCGGGGAUCCUGAUCUUUAAUCAAAAGGGCGAGAACCUCAUCUUCCGCGCUUUCCGCAGCGACUGCCGCCCGCGUCUGGCCGACAUCUUCCGCAUCCAGGUCAUCUCCAACCCGCAGGUCCGCUCCCCGAUCCUGACCCUGGGCUCGACCACCUUCAGCCAUGUCAAGCACGAGAAUAUCUACCUGGUCGCCGUGACCAAGAGCAAUGCCAAUGCGGCGCUGGUCUUUGAGUUCCUCUACCGGCUCAUCAUGCUGGGGAAGAGUUACUUCGGGAAAUUCGACGAGGAGGCCGUGAAAAACAACUUUGUGUUGAUUUAUGAAUUGCUCGAUGAAAUUCUCGACUUCGGAUACCCGCAAAACACCGAGACCGAUACGUUGAAGAUGUACAUCACCACGGAGGGGGUCAAGUCAGCCAUCGCGAACUCACCCACAGACUCGAGCCGCAUUACGCAGCAAGCGACCGGUGCGCAGUCAUGGCGCCGGUCCGAUAUCAAGUACCGCAAGAACGAGGCUUUCGUGGACGUGAUCGAGGACGUCAACCUCCUGAUGUCAGCGACCGGCACGGUCCUGCGCGCCGACGUGAAUGGACAGAUUGUCAUGCGCGCAUACCUGACUGGAACCCCCGAGUGCAAAUUCGGAUUGAAUGACCGGCUUCUUUUGGACAACAGUGAUGCUUCCGGGGGCAAUGGUAUGCGCGGCGGUGGCACCUCGGGCGCAAGCAAGACUACGCGAGCCGCUGCAGGCUCUGUCACGCUUGAGGAUUGUCAGUUCCACCAGUGCGUUAAGCUGGGUCGGUUCGAUGCCGACCGAAUCAUCUCGUUCGUGCCGCCGGACGGUGAGUUCGAGCUGAUGCGGUACCGCGCUACGGAGAAUGUCAAUCUGCCGUUCAAGGUUCAUCCGAUUGUGCGUGAGAUCGGUACGACGAAGGUCGAGUACAGCAUUGCUAUCAAGGCCAACUACGGCUCCAAGUUGUUCGCUUCUAAUGUUAUUGUUCGCAUUCCCACCCCGCUCAACACCGCGAAGACUACCGAGCGGGCGAGCCAGGGUCGUGCGAAAUAUGAGCCCGAGCAUAACAAUAUCGUCUGGAAGAUCCCUCGCUUCUCGGGCCAGAGCGAGUAUGUGCUCAACGCCGAGGCUACUCUCACCUCCAUGACACACCAGAAGGCAUGGAGUCGGCCUCCGAUCAAUCUUUCGUUCAGCAUUCUCAUGUUCACCUCGUCCGGUCUGCUUGUGCGUUAUCUCAAGGUGUUUGAGAAGAACAACUACAGCUCUGUCAAGUGGGUGCGCUACAUGACCCGCGCGGGCAGCUAUGAGAUUCGGUUCUAGAAGUGUCGAUUCGACUGGGAGGGCGUGUUGAUAUCAAGAGCUUGCGAGCAGCAGUCUGUUAUCCUUCUCGCUGAGAGCCAUCGGGCGGUGUAUGGCGUUGGAUGGUGUUUUAUACAUAC